AGCAGCUCGGGCGGCGGGAGGAGCGGUAGUGGCCAGGCAGCGCAGCUUCGUGAAGGCUCUCGGCGCCGCGGCCCGCAGGCACCCGGCACGCACCCUGCCCGCCGCCAAGAUGCCGAAGAGGAAGGUCAGCUCUGCCGAAGGAGCGGGGAAGGAAGAGCCCAAGAGGAGGUCGGCGCGGUUGUCAGCUAAACCUGCUCCUGCGAAAGUGGAAACGAAGCCAAAAAAGGCAGCAGCAAGGGAUAAAUCUUCAGACAAAAAAGUGCAACCGAAAGGGAAAAGAGGAGCAAAGGGAAAGCAGGCCGAAGUGGCUAACCAAGAAACUAAAGAUUUACCAGCAGAAAACGGAGAAACUAAAACUGAGGAGAAUCCAGCCGCUGACGAAGCAGGAGAGAAAGAAGCCAAGUCUGAUUAAUAUCCUAUACCAUGUCUUAUCAGUGGUCCCUGUCUCCCUUCUUGUACAAUCCAGAGGAAUAUUUUUAUCAACUAUUUUGUAAAUGCAAGUUUUUU